GGGUCGACGUUUCCUCCGGGAGGGGGCUUCUCGCCUGGGCGUUUAGUGGGAGGCCUCCGUCUUCGCACCUGCACACAGGUCGGGUCAGGAGAGCUCGGCCCGACCCCUCCGACGAUCAAGUUAGUGAAUAGUCGCAGGGGGUUUUUUUCGUCGUCCCCCUCCUCCCUUUCUUCCUCGGAGUACGAGGGUUUUUAUAGUGAAGGUUAUCGUUGCCUGAUAUGCCCGCUCGCAGGGAGCAAGAUCAUACUCCCGGUAACGUCUGACAUUGACGUUGGCGUGGCGUGAAGGAUCGAGCCUGAGCAAGAUGUUAAUGUGCCUCGGUCGGCGUUCUGGUCCGUGUUGACCAGGUGCUGCGAGGCGUCAUCUAGGGUAGCUGACGUCAACCCGAGUUUUAUCGCCAUUAUUACCCUCAUCAUAUUCCUCCCCCCCCCCCCCCUCCGGAAGGAAGCUAUGCGUCGAUUGUUGUAAAGGGUGGUCCGAGGCAUGGCUUCAACUUUAAGAAACUAUCCCUGCCGGACGGUUGUCGGUCCGUUGCCAGGGGUGUGGGAAUCGUGAAGUUUAAUAAAUAAGGAGGGUUGGGCGUAUAGCGGCGGCCCUAGGCAGUAUGCAGCCGAGGAGCACGACUUAGUCGGGCAGGCCGAGCAGAGAUUGUGGUCUCGGGCGACAUGCAGCCGAGGAGCACGACUCAGGCGGGUAGGUCGCGCAGAGGUUGUGGUCUCGGGCGACAUGCAGCCGAAGAGCACGACUCAGUCGGGUAGGCCAAGCAGAGGUUGUGGUCUCGGGCGACAUGCAACCGAGGAGCACAACUCAGGUGGGCGGGCCGCGCAGAGGUUGUGGUCUCGAGCAACAUGAGACCGAGGAGCAUGGCUCAGGCGGGCAGGCCACGCGGGCAUGGUCUCGGGCAACAUGCGACCGAGGAGCACGGCUCAGGCGGGUAGGCCGCGCAGGCAUGGACUCGGGCAACAUGCGACCGAGGAGCACGACUCAAGCGGGCAGGCCGCGCAGGCAUGGUCUUGGGCAACAUGCGACCGAGGAGCACGGCUCAGGCGGGCAGGCCGCGCCGAAGUGAACUCGGGCAGUCUGCGGCCGAGCCAUGUAGAUACAAAAAAGGGGGUUAGGUCGGAGCUAACCGCGAGUCGGGAAGCGAUCAAGUAGAUACUGCGCCUUCGCUCGUAAGAGACUGAGGCAGGGCCUAGAUUCCUUUUACGAUGACUAUAUUGGAUAGCCACCGCUUGUGCUUGACUUUUUCUAUGGAGCCAGCUACCAAAAGUCACUCCUUCCCCUCACGACCACCCAGGCCUCUGUCGCGAUGUAUUGGUUAGCCCGUUGGAGCAUAUCUGGUGCUGUGGUGGGGGGUCGCUCCACGAGGGACCAGAAGAAUCUGGAAGGUCGUAGGUUUGUCAUAAAUGCCUGGACUAACAAAGAGGGAUCAGCGUCCGGCAACCCCCAGAUUUGUGUUAUAAAGCGAUUCACAAAAUAGGAGAGGGUUCGUCCUCUCUUUGGUUGAGUCAGAGGAGCAGUGCAACGGUCGGCUUUGGCCGGGCAUAGGCCAAGAAGUUAAGCUCGAAGUCUUUGAUGAGCUGAUCAAAGGAGGCGAUUGUCACAGUCUUCAGACCGCUGUACCAUGUGCAAGCUGGCCCCCUCAGAGUCGUGAGAAACGCUCUACACAUUAAAGCGUCAGAGGUUCCGUACAGCGCACCAUUUGGGCACGGAAAGUGGCUACGUGGUCCGUUGGGUCGGUGGAGCCGUCAUAUGCGUCUAAAGAGGGGAGUCGAAAGUUUGGGGGAACCAUCUGAUCUUGUAUCUCGGGCGCGAACGGAGACCCUUGGUGUGUGUCCUCCCCGAGCUCUCUCUUUGACCUGCGAACCUCCUUCUCCACUUCGUCGAGUCGCUGACUAACAAAGCGUAGCUAGGCUCACAGGGAGUCCGUUGAAUCCAAAGAUAAUGCCUCGGGUUCCAGGCGGCUGCUCGGGUUUUCCAUCACUCGAUCCCCAAGUGGGGCUAAUCAGACUUGAGCCGAAGUGGGGAGCUCCACAAGUGGCGUGUGGGCCCGAACGGGCGGCUCCCAUUGCUGCAGUGGUUGGAUCGCAGGCAGGUGCACCAGAUGAGAAACGAGCGGGAUAAUAGACUGCACCAUACCAGUUAGAGUUCGGAGUUGAUGAGUGAGGUCCUGAAAGGCCUCGGACAACACGGACGACGGGUCGGCUGGGGCACCAUCAGGUGGCGACAAGCCCGGGUCGUUAAAUAUCAUCCAAUAGCGCUUUGAGGUCAUGGCGGGGUGUUCGUCUCGAGGUUCUCCACGCGGGGGGUGUUCACCCGGAGCUCCGAUCGAGUGUGACCCCUUAGCUGCGGGUUCGUCUGAGUUGAUCGAGCGAUCCCUCGACAUUCGGGCCCUCCUUCUAACGCCAAAAAUGUUAGUGUAAACAACUUUAAGCCGUGGCCUCGGGGCCGACGCGGCUUGGUUCGAGUCCGAAUGGUGGGAGAUCUUCUUGGGACGACCCUUGAGACUGCAAAAGAUCGACUGCGAUGGUCCGAUCGUGAAGGGGUCAGCAUUUCCUCCGGGAGGGGGCUUCUCGCCUGGGCGUUUAAUGGGAGACCUCCGUCUUCGCACUUGGACACAGGUCGGGUCGGGAGAGCUCGGCCCGACCCCUCCGACGAUCAAGUUAGUGAAUAGUCGCAGGGGGUUUUUUUCGUCGUCCCCCUCCUCCCUUUCUUCCUUGGAGCACGAGGGUUUUUAUAGUGAAGGUUAUCAUUGCCUGAUAUGUCCGCUCACAGGGAGCAGGAUCGUACUCCUGGUAACGUCUGACAUCGACGUUGGCGUGGUGUGAAGGAUCGAACCUGAGCAGGAUGUUAAUGUACCUCGAUCAACACUCCGGUCCGUAUUGACCAGGUACUCUGAGACAUUAUCUGAGACAGCUAACGUCAAUAUGAGUCUUAUAGUCAUUGUUACCCUAAUCAAUGCCCAACAAAUUGAGACAAAACCUGCCUUAAUUUAUACUUUUCGGGGACUCGAGAAAGAAGCGAGCCCGACCACGACGGCAGGACUGCACGUGCAGUGCGCUUGCCGACGCCCUGCGCUCGUUCAUUGGCGAUACCGCACGCAAAUGUGCUUUUGCAUAGAAGAGCUGCAAGGGAGCAUCGAAAUCGUCCAUCGGAGACGCUCUUCCAAUCCUAACCGUCCGCCUGUUUUGAAGGAGGCACAGAUGGACGGUUUCGGAGGGGAUCCUUUUGUAACUUUAGAUAAUGCAGGGAUCCCUGCAGAGGAUUUGGCUUCGGCUACGUCCCCCAUGGCCCACACUGGUUUUCUUAUGCCAUCUCUCUUUGAUAAGAAGGGCGAAAUAUGCGCAGAGAGCACAGAGUGAUGGGAGGUCCCCCUCAAUCCUUUUGGUUUUUGUUAGUUUAAUAGAGGUAGCAGCAUUAUGCGUCUUUUAUGAUGUCUGCGGCCGUCAUCUCUCACUCGUUCUUGUCCAGGAGGCUGAGGGUUCUCAGUCACUGAGCUUCUUAGCCCUCUCUCUUAGAUUCCCUCUCAAGUUAUUCCGUGAGAUCUCAACUUGUUUACCAUGCUCUGCCAUCGAAAAUAAGAUUUAAAGAAAAGAAUUUUGUUUGCUUUGUUCUGUUUCUUGGUUUCCUUGGAUGUUUCCGUUGUCGCUUUUACUGUGACGAGUUCCUUUACCUUCCAACUGGUCUCGGCCUUGCUCGAUUAUGAUUUCGCCUUUUCCUAACCUUUGGUGAAGCCUAGUUGGGAGCUCUAACCAGGCCUGGAUGAGCCUUGGGUUUCCUGAGAAGCAGCGCGGAUUAUAGCCCCAUGAUGCUCCCUGCCGUGAUGAUGCUUGCUUGCUUUUGAUCGGAGCCACCGAAGCCUCCAUCAGCAACCAGCGCACAACUCCAAAAGGAGGGCAGUUGGGUGAUCCCAACUUUCUCUCUAUCCACUCAUUUCGCCUCCACUUCUAGUCCUCGUCUUCCUCCCCUGCUCCACCCUCUGUUUUACUACUAAAGAUCAAGUCUUGGGGUUCCUGGCGAUGCCGCAGUUCCAGCAACCGGCUUGCUGGAGGCUGGAAGCCGGCGGGCAAGUCAUGGACGUCGACAUGGCCGUGAAAGAUGGCAUCUUGGGCGGCGGCGCGGUCAUUAGCGGCCUCCUGGACGGCAAAGAUGGGACCUUGGGCACCGCCAAGAAGCACGACCUCAAGGAGAUGAUCGAGGAGAUGGACUCGGCGGCGGAGGCGAACGACGUGCCGAUCGUGUUCAUCUGCCCCAUCUCACUGGAGCCGAUGGUGGAUCCCGUCACCCUGUGCACCGGCCAGACCUACGAGCGCGUCAACAUCCUCAGGUGGUUCUCCACGGGCCGCCUCACCUGUCCCACCACCAUGCAGGAUCUCUGGGACGACACCGUCACCCCCAACCGCACUCUCCACCAACUGAUCCACGCCUGGUUCUCGCAGCGCUACCUGCGUAUGAUGAAGCGAUCCAAGGACGUGGAGGGCCGCGCCAGAGAGCUCGUCCAAUGCCUCGAGAAGGUCAAGGGAGAGGCGCGAGUACAGACUCUGAAAGAACUGCACAAGAUCGUUGCCGCCCACCCCUCCAUCGAAAAGCCUGUGAUCGAUUCCGGCGUCCUCGGCAUUUUAUCUUCUCUUCUAGGCCCUUUCACCUCCCAUGCCGUCGGCUCCGAGAUCUCACUCGUCGUAGACAUGCUGAACGAGGGAACAACCAAGACGAAGAUACAAUGCGCGAGGUUCAUCGAAGUGUUGAUGGGUGCGGAGAGUUUCCGAUUCGAGAUCGUCUCAAGUCUGAGCCUUUUAGUGGGGCUGGUAAGGAUGGUGAAGGAUAAACGAGAACCCGACGGGGUUUCAGCAGGUCUUAGCUUGCUAAAGACCAUUUGCUCCCACGACCAAGUCCGCAGCUCGAUCGUGAGCAUCAGAGCAGUCGCGCAGCUUGUCGAGCGACUGCCAGACCUGAGCCCAAACAGCUUGGAAUCGGCAUUACAAAUCUUGGAUGAUCUCGCUGCCAUCCCUGAUGGUCGAUCAGCAUUGAAGGAUUGCCCCCAAACCAUUCCCAACACAGUGAGGCCUCUGAUGAAGGUGUCCGAGGCUUGUACUCGACAUGCGUUGUCGAUACUAUGGGCGGUGUGUAAGCUUGCUCCCGAGGAAUUUGUUUAUCUUGCAGUAGAGGCUGGCCUGGCAACAAGGCUGUUGCUUGUGAUACAGAGCGAUUGCCCUCCGGAGCUAAAGAAACAAGCAUCCGAUUUGCUGAAGCUCUGUAGUCUCAAUUACACUGCCACCCUUUUCAUUUCCAAGUGCAAGCUAACGAGGACGAUGCAGUGACGUGAGGAUCUGCUGCUGCACUACUCCAUUAGCGGACUGGCCUUAAUGUUAUGCACUUGGAUUGAGAUAAGAUGGUAAUGGCCUUACAAUAUGCAUUCAUCCUCCAUAUAUGAAGAAUAAUCCGUUUUUGAUGUAAUUAUUUAUGGAUGAGGAAAGAAAUCUAUAAGAGUAACUUUGUUUCUGUGUUGGUACCUGUUCAUGUUACAGACACAGGUUCACUGGUUGAUCAAUGACAAUCUAACUUGGUUGUCAGAUUUCUAAGCUCUUUUAUUUCUUUUGAAUAAAGACCAAUUCCCGGUACAGGCAAUGGUUGAGGUGAGCAACCCGAGAAGAGGCAUCUGGAACGAAGGAAAGCUUGUAAGUUCCAGGGUUUACUUUAUUGAGCCGAGGAAAGGGAAGAGGUUUACUGCUGCUUGGAGUUGCUUCCUUCCUUGUGGGGUGGGGGAGUGGUGAUGACCAUUGACCAGGGCAGUGAUCAAGACGCCACUUUGCUGCCAAAGGUCAUUUCUUCGAUGCUCCCCAUGUUCACCUUCAUUUAGCAGCGUCAUGAUUCCACAUGAAUCGUCCA